GGCGGCCGUCUGUGAUGCGCCGAAGUGUCACUAAGUGAUGACGUGAAGAAAGCCGACUGGUGACAGGCACAGACCCUUGAGGGGCCACUCGAAGCCAGAAGAGAGUCCAGAGCAGACCAAGUGCAGCCAGCCAGCCAGCCAGCCAGCCAACCAGCACGGUAGUGGGGGGGGGGGGCCGGGGGGGGAAGAAUCCAAAGAAACUCAUACAAAUCACACAUUCCCCCUCUCCGCACCAUGGACGCCUUCACCUUGCGCGAAAUGCUCAACUCGACGGAAAUGAGCAGGUUUUUGUGCAACUUGGGCGUCAGCAACUUGUCGGGUUGUGAGCCUGCGAGAAUCGUUCGACCGGACGUGAGCGUGAAAGAUUUCGACAGCGCCGUGCGUGUCUUCCUGUACUGCGUCAUCUUCCUCAUCAGCGUGGUGGGCAACGGUCUCAUCAUCGCCGUGCUGUCUCGGAACCGGCGCAUGCGCACAGUCACCAACCUCUUCUUGCUCUCCUUGGCCGUGAGCGACCUGAUGGUCGCACUGGUGUGCAUCCCCUUCACCCUCAUCUCCAACCUCAUGCGGACCUUCAUCUUCAGCAACGGCACAUGCAAGAUGGUCAUGUACUUUAUGGGGGUCUCUGUGAGUGUUUCCACCUACAACAUGGUGGCCAUCGCGCUAGAACGCUACAGCGCCAUCUGCAGACCUCUGAGCUCCAAGACGUGGCAGACCAAGUCGCACGCGCUGAAGGUCAUCAGUGCCACCUGGCUGACGUCCUUGUCUCUGAUGCUGCCCUACAUCGCUUCCAGCUCCCUGAAGCCAUUUAAUCGCCGCGACAACACCGUCGGCUACAUGUGCCGCAUGAUGUGGCAGAACCAAAACCUCCUGGCAUACUGGUAUACGUCCUUGUUACUGCUGCUCUUCUUCCUGCCCGGUGCCGUGAUACUGACCGCCUACGGACUCAUCUCUGUGGAGCUCUACAAGGGCAUCAGGUUCGAGCUGUCCAACAGGACAUCAGCCAAAGACAGACCGGCCAGCUUUAGCAGCCUUCGAACAAGCGACAGCGAUGGCUGCUACCUUCAUUUAAAAAAGCGAUUCACCGCGCAGGGGAAAGGCAAUGCCGGCGCUGUCACCGCGGUGGGCCGCUUGGGCAUCCGAAGCAACACCGCCAACCUGCUGGCCAAGAAGCGAGUGGUCCGCAUGCUCCUGGUCAUCGUCUGCCUGUUCUUCGUGUGCUGGACCCCCAUUUUCGUAGUCAACGCGUGGCAGGCUUAUGACCCGCGGUUGGUACACCGUCUGACGGGCGCGCCCAUCUCCUUCAUUCACCUCCUGUCGUACACGUCCACCUGCGUCAACCCCAUCAUCUACUGCUUCAUGAACAAGCGGUUCCGCCAGGGAAUGGUGACCACCUUCUCGUCCUUGCAGCUCAAGGCGCGCACCAUGGACCUUUGGACCCAGAUCAUCGAGGCGAAAUGGUACGAGGGGCCCGAGGAGAGCGCUCUGCACAGGCGCCAAGAGAGGCGGCGGCAGAAGCGCCACCAAAAGCACCAGGAGAAGCGCCAGCAAAAGCUGGCGCGGCGCCACGUGCCGUUCCCCCAGCAACCCGUCAAGGAGAGCGUUCAGGAGAGUCCCCAGCAGAUCCCCGAACCGAUCCCCGAGCAGAACAAUGAGAACUCAAUUGAGGAGAUCGGCGAUUCGUUCGUGGAGCUGUACAUCCCUCCGUACCCUGAGCAGAAAGUCGAGCAGAACCCAGACCAGAACGCCGAGCAAAACCAAAGUCAAGGGGCUCUCGGCACCCUCACCUCGUACAUCAGCUUCACCAGCAUUCGCUCGCUGCUACCGCCGGAAUUGGUCUGAAGUGGAUUUCGGUGAUCGGUGUUGUGUUGUCACAGAACUCGUGUGCUGCCACAUUUGCACAGCAUUUGGACUCUUGACUGUGGAAAAAUGGUUCCUUCAUCAGUCAACAUGUACUUCAAGGCAGGAAAGUCUUCAAAAAACAUUGUGCAGCACCAAAGUAGCUUUAGAAGCUCCACAGGCCACAAUAUUCUCCAGCAUAGUCCUUCUAUAUACACACUACACAUGUACUACCAUAGGGACCAAUGAAAAGGGAUGGUACUAAAAGGCCUUGGUUUACAAAGCAACAGUCUUACUUGAAUAUCAAAAAAAUUUUCCGAUAUCUUUGAAGCCAAAAAGCAAAUACAUGGAAUUUUCCAAGAUGUAUGAUGGCUGACUCACAGACUCACAAAUCACAAGCUAGUGUUUAUUCUCAGACCUCAGUCUUAUCUUUAUGUUAGUGGGAUGUAAACACCUGCACCUUGGAAACAUUCCCAGUAUUGCCCAGCAGACUUCCACGGACUCAAUCUGCAAACGGGCAGAAUGAGGUCAUUUCACCUGUACAGAACAUUUAUUGAUGCUGUGUGUGCCUAUUUUUCAAAAUGGCUAUUAACUUUGAGAUGAUUGAAUGUAGACCACAAAAGAAGUUCCAGUUUGACUGUGACCCGGUUCUUGGGUGGAAAUAUUUUUCAUUAUGCUUCU